AUGCACGCCACGCUGCUCGGCAUCCUGGGGCUGGCCCUGCUCGGGGCACUGCGUGCACAGGACAGCGUUCCCGUACAAACCGACUUCCAGCAGGACAAGCUCACGGGGAGAUGGUACAGCAUCGGCCUGGCCUCCAACUCCAACUGGUUCAAGGAGAAGAAGCACCUGAUGAAGAUGUGCACUACAGUCAUCUCCGCCACCGCAGAUGGGAACCUGGAAGUCACCUCCACCUACCCCAAGGGUGACCAGUGCGAG